AUGGCCGGUUGCGGGGUGUGUCCAGAGUACAAAUGUUUUGCCAAGUCCGUGGUAGAAGGCAAUGGCGGUGGGGCAAAUCCAGCUGAUACCUCGUCGUCUUCCAAUGGCCCCCUCAUAGGCGGGUUAGUAGGUGGAAUGAUAGGUGCAGGUUUGGUGUUUUCCGCCGCCGGCUACGCUGGAUUCCGCUACAGGAAAAAUAAACGCACCACGUUGCCUCUUGCCUUUCAAAGCAAAUCAAGACCCACCACACCAAGAUCAGGUCCGCCACCUGUCACCCCACCUAUGGCCAAGAAUCUUUCGGGUGUAAUUCCAGUGACGUUUAUUCAGCCUUCACCGGGGCUGCGACCCAUGUCCCAGUACACCGAUGUGACGGAUCCUUUCGGGGACGAUGCCACCAUUAGCCGACGAACGAGCCACUUGAGUUAUUCGUACAACAAUGACGACGCCAGUAGUCGACCUGAUUCGAUGGCUUCCAGUAUUCAUCAAGACUAUACGCCCGUCCGUGCCACACAUGCGGUUCAAGUGACACGGGCCAAACCUCAGAUUUUGCGCGUCAACACGGUUCGCGUCAAUGAUGGACUGAGCCGCAAUGGAUCGGUGCGCACUGUAUUGACAAGGGACGACAGUGGUGCUUCACUGACACGAUCCAAUACAUCACCUUCCCGUUUUCAGCCAAAUACCUCUCACCCUUCUACCGUCGACCCCUCUCUUCGCGAAAAUCAAGAUCCCAUCCACCGUCCUAUCUCUACGCCCACCACAAUCGAAAACCCGUUUCACGAUCGCUACCACAUUAAAGAACCUGAAUUAUCACCUCAAACAAGAGUAACCGACAGCGUGGUAUCAGCACCAGGAGACGGUGAAAUCACCAUCUUUUGGAGUGGACCUAACCACACAACCACUGGUCAUGCACCGUGA